GGGGAUGGUGUUCGCGGUCACAUCUAGCGGAUGUGUGGGUGGGAGCAUGAUGCAGACACUCCACCUCAAGUCAGUAUUACGCAGACUUUGUCUCCAAAAGUGCAACACAACAGCUCCCACAGGAGGGAAAUUUGGCUUCAUUUUUGUACAAUAGGAGGAAGUGCACCCAGGUUAUCCAUCUUUUCUACAGUGACUGCUCUAAAUCCUAAAAUCUCACUUGCAUGUGGGAAGAGUUAGUGAGAGGCAAACGUAGCAUCAGCUGUUACUGAUCUCACUAAAUGUAAAGAGCAGCGUCUGGUAGGAUUUAAAGGAGCCAGCUGCAUCUACACAACCCAAACAGAGCUCAGAAGGUGGCUCAGAUGAAAACAUGAGCAGAAACACAGAGAAGGCACUAAAAGAAGUAGACACUCAGAACAGGUCAUGUCAAAUAAAAACCGAGACUUUACCGAGACUGCUUGACAGACUUCACCUUCAAGACAAACUUCAACAAAAGUUGUCACCAGAAGAUUUUCUUCAAAUAGGUCCACCUGUGAAACAGCACCAUGUAGAAUCUGAGAAAGAUCUAGCUUGCUCUUUUCUCCAAAGGCUGAUAAUAUUAGACUACAGGGCCAGAUAUACUUGUGUAAGAUCAAGCUGUCAGAUCAAGGAGUCGUUCAAUGCUUCCUGCAGUGACUGGGAAGUUUUUGUGAGCAGUAGUGUGGACACGCAGAAGAAAGAGCAGACUUCUGUGCAUCCAAUGGACGUUCAGAUGGCAGUAUUUCACUGCUCAGACAGCUUCCUUAAACAAAUGAUGAUUACAAAGCUCUCCCAGUGUCAGUAUGCCUUACCUUUACUUGUUCCUGACCCAGUUACAAAGGAGAUUCAGUUUCCUCUGUGGACUUUCAGAGAAAUAACAAAGACUUGGAGGGUAAAUCAAAUCAAAGAUAACCCAAACCUUGUCACCAUGAAGAGUGUUCCAGUCUACAAAGCUGAAACACCCUUGGUGUCAUUUUUCCGCCUGGGUUCUUUGUCAGUGUCUAAAUCUCAGCUGAUGAACACUUUGAUCAACAACCGUCACGACACCUUCUUCCACAGAAACUCCUCAGGAAGCACCAAGUCUUGCUAUCUGAUGGAUGGUGUGGCAGAGAUUGCCUGGUACUGCCCUGCUGGAAAACCCAAUGAUGCCUUCAAUGACUGUAUUGCCUUUUGUAAUCUCCAUGGUGAUGCUCUGUUGAUUGAAAAACAGCGUGACAUACUGAUUCAAAAAUCCUCCAUCAAUAUUUUUCUUGUGGCAUCUCUGCAAAGCAAUGAAGAAAGUCGAUCACUUGCAUCAUCUCUUUUUAAAUCUCAUAAGCCUCUUAUUUGUCUCACUGUUGAUGGCAGCUGUGAUGCUGUUAAGACAAAAAAGGGAAAAUACAUAAUGGGGCUCAAAGACAAAAGCCACUCAGAUGUAUCUGAACAGCUGAAAAGGAUCAUUAGAGAAGUUUUGUCUUCCCUUGAUUGUCCCAUCUUGAAACCAUCCUUCCAGCUUGAAACCAUGGCUGAGCUCUCUGGAAUCAGAGUGGAUGAAACUGACCCAGCCUGUCAAAGAGGAAAAUCUGCUGCUAUGGAAAUAAUAAAUCUGCUUACAAAGGAUAACAUGGAUGUCUCAAAGCUCAAAGAUUAAUUUCUCCCUUUUCAAGGCCAACUGUGGCAUCAGUGGAGCAAAAUACACAGAGAACUGUUUCAUCUCAGAGGAGACGCUGAAAAGGAGAAAAGUAAAAAGCAACAAGAACUGAUGAACAUACGUCAGAAACAAUGUGCUGCUUCCUGCAGUAAACUGAUGCAGUUGUUCACUGGAAGUCUCUCAUCAUUGCCGCCAACAGUCAGAGAGUAUUUCCUAAAAUGGACUCAGAUCUUCAUAGAUGCCCUCUCCACAGAUGAUGUUUCUUCAAUUCUCCAAAGUUAUGAUAAAAAAUGGUCUGAGGUCUUGGCUUUGAAGAACAAACGGGACAAAUCAGAUCUGUUAUUAAGAAAACAAACUGAACUUGAAUACAUAUCAAAGAAACUUCAGUCUGUAACUUUUGGUUUGGAGCACAUCUUCAGAGAAAUGGGACAGAUCUAUGAAGCCCAUAAAACAACACACAGAGAGAGCAGACACACUGACUGGUCUAAAUACCCUGAGCUGGCUGCACAGCUGAUGAUAUCAGGACACCCGAUGGAGCUGAUGGAUGGUGAUGCAGGUCAUGUGCCUUUAACAUGGAUCUCCAGUCUUUUAGAAGAAGUCAUCAACAAACUGGGGGACCAGAGAGUUUUUGUGUUGUCAGUUUUGGGCCUACAAAGCAGUGGAAAAUCAACAAUGCUGAACACCAUGUUUGGGCUGCAGUUUGCAGUGAGUGCAGGCAGGUGCACCAAAGGUGCCUUCAUGCAGCUGCUCAAAGUAUCAGAGGAGAUGAAGAAAGACUUGAAGUUUGACUAUGUUCUAGUGGUGGACACUGAAGGACUGCGUGCUCUUGAGUUAGGAGGUAGCAUUCUUCAUCAUGACAAUGAACUGGCAACACUUGUUGUUGGUCUGGGGAACCUGACACUGAUCAACAUCUUUGGAGAGAAUGAGAUCCAGGACAUUCUGCAGAUUGUUGUUCAGGCUUUCAUGAGGAUGGAGGAAGUUCAACUUUCUCCCAGUUGUGUGUUUGUUCACCAGAAUGUCACAGAUGUUGCAGGAGCAGAGAAAAACAUGGAUGGAAAGAGACGCCUGCAGGAAAAACUGGACCAGAUGGCCAAACUAGCAGCCAAAGAGGAAGUUUAUGAUGCAGAGCGCUUCAGUGAUGUCAUUGAAUUUGAUGUUCAGAAAGAUGUGAAAUACUGUGCCCAGCUGUGGGAGGGCAGUCCACCCAUGGCUCCUCCAAAUCCAGGUUACAGUGAGAGCAUCCAGGAAGUGAAGAACACCAUCCUCUCUAAAGCUUCAAAGUCUGCUGGGAUCACUCUCUCACAGUUCAAAUCAAACAUCCAGGACCUGUGGACUGCACUGCUGACUGAAAGUUUUGUUUUCAGUUUUAAAAACACACUUGAAAUUUCAGUGUACGGAAAACUGGAAGUCCAGUAUGGGAACUGGACCUGGAGCCUGAGGAGCAUCAUGUUGACCAUUGAAAACCAACUUCAUAACAGAAUUGAAAAUGGAAAACUUCAUGAGGUUGAACAAACCUAUCUUUUUAAAGAAACAAGUAAAACAUAUGAAGAAGUCAGAAAAGAAAUGACAAAGUACUUUGAGGAUGACAAAGACAGAGAGAUCUUGGCUCAGUGGAGAGGCCGAUUUGAAAUAGACAUUGAGGAAUUUCUUAAUAAUCAAGUGAAAAUGGUGAAAAUAAAACUGGACGGAGUUAUCCAGCAGAAGAAAGCUUGUAAAAAACUGGAUGAGAAGAAAUCAGAGUUUGAGAACAAACUUCUGCAAAAGAGCAAAGAGCUCGCUCAUAAACUGAAGGAUAAGGCCAAAGAUGAAGAAGAGCUUCAAAGACAGUUCAGGUCUGUUUGGAGCGGCUGGGUUGCUGAAUUAACAGCACGUAUAAAACCUGUUGAAGACAUCAAUUUGGAAAAAGAUCAGUUAAUGAUCCUUCAAGAACUUGGUUUUGAGCCAACUCUUAUAGAUGAAUGCAAAAGAAGUGGUAGAUACAAAAAAAUAUAUGAUGUUGGUGAUUAUUCAGUUUAUGUGAUAAGUAAUCAUCGGGUGACUAGUUUUUUUCAAAAACAUAUUUCAAGUGGUUUCUUCCAUGAACAACAUCAGAUCAGAUCGCUCAUUGACCAAGCUGAAAACGAGUCACUUAGUGCAAUCAAAAACAAACCUGUAGCUGCAAGAGGCUACACGCCAGCAUAUUUGCAUGAAAUGGCCAAUCAUGUCAGAGAAAAAGUUCAGAAAUUUCUGUCAGAGAGGAAAUACACUUUAAACAAGGAGUUUAAAGUUGAUCUCUUGCUCUAUGUGUUCUACAAGGCAGAAAGUUGGAUUCAAGAGUCACACAAGAAAUUUAAAAUGAACAAUGAUCCAAUCACUUAUUUGGAAAGCAAGAAAACACAGUUUUACACAGUUUUUAAAAGCUUUUGUAAAGAGAACUCUUCUGCUGUUGUGCUUGGAUAACUGAUCUGUGAAAAGCUGAAAGCUUCCACUCUUGAGGCUGUCUGUAACAAGACUGCCAUUGAUCUUGCUGGAAGGAUGAGGUGUAAUUUCCCAGCAUUCAAUGGGAACAGACUGAACUUGGAGAAACAUUUGUUGAGGUCACUCGCUAAGAAAGAAAACUUUGAUGAUUUCAUCACAUACAUCACAAAUCCAAGGAAACAAACAGAAGCUUUCAUUAAAGCAGAAGUACAAAAAUACAUCUACAUGAGUCACAAAGACAAAGCUGUGAAUACACUCAAGAAAAAUGUUAAUGACAUUGAAACAACUGUGAGUCAGGCUUUAUUUAUGGCAAUACAAAAGGUCCAAAAUCAGAGAGGAAACACAGAUAUGUGGCUGAAUGAAUUUUCUAACAUCCUAAAGGAUGAGCUGACAUUUGACAACAUUUGUCCUGAAAACUUCAGUGACAUAAAAGAUUUUCACUUUCUCAAGGAAGAGAUAGAAAAAGGAUUUACAUCCAUCACUGAGAAGAUGAGCAGCCUCUCCCUGGAUAAGAUGAAGGAAUCCAGGCAGAAGCCUGAAGAAAUCCUCAUUGAUCAGCUGUGUAACUGCUGCUGGGUAAAGUGUCCAUUCUGUGAAGCUGUUUGUACGAACACCAUGAAAGAUCACAGUCCUGAUGGCCACAGCACUCCUUUUCAUCGAGCUGAUGGGAUAAAUGGAUAUCCCUAUAGACAAACUAAAGACCUCAGCAUCAUUUUCUGCACAACACUUGUUACAAGUGAAGAAGCUUUUUACCUUAGCUCUGAUUCAGAGGAAGCCAUUCCCUACAAACAGUACAAAACUGCUGGUCCGCCGUAUGAUACCUGGAGCAUCACUCCUGAUGGGUCUAAACUGGCAUAUUGGAAAUGGUUUGUAUGUCAGUAUCAAAAGCAACUGGAAGAGCACUAUGGGAAAAAGUUCAUGGGCAGCGGAGAGAUUCCAGAUCAAUGGAAAAAAAUAACUAAAAAUGAAGCCAUUAAAAGUCUGGAUGAAAUAUUUUAAUGAGCCAAAGAAACUGCAAAUAUGCUGAAAAUUAUGAUACUUGUUUUCACCUAAUAACUCGUGAAUCCAGCGUAUUAACAUAAAGAAGAUGUUAUGAGUGACUAUAAGUUAAUUCACAAAAAAUACAAAAGUCACAUUCUCAAUGUUUUGUCCUUCUAGGCUUUCAGAGUGUUUUCCAGAUAAAUACAUUUGUAACCUAAUUUAGUUAAUUGGGAUAUCAUUCACCUGUUUAUAACAAAGAUUUUUUGUUUAUCAAAUAGUCAAAAAAUGUAAGGAAACUAAAUCUAAAAACUGCUGUCAAACAAGUUAACCAAGUCAAUGUGCUAAAUAUAUAUAGACAAAGAUUGCAUUGAAGAAAUGCAGAGAUUACCACCAAACUCCCAUUUUGAUCCAGGAAAAUUUCAUUAUUAAUUUCAUUAUUCAUUUCAUUAUUUUGCUUUUUUUAUAUUUCUAAUGCUUGAUUUUUCAGGUAAAAUUCUCAGAAUUAUAUUUGUUAAAUCUUUCUUCUCAUCUUCUAAAAUAUGUACAUUACAUUGCACUGUGUUAAUCUGUAGAUCUUUCAGAAAAAUUCAUUCAAUGAUUAAAUCUUUUUCCAUGUCCUGUUUUUAAAUGUAUUUAAUGACAAGUGUUAACACUUAUUGAUCAUUAAUUUCAAACAUUGCAUCUGAAACCAGAACAAAAACAUUGUCUUUUGUAAUUUAGUGGCAAAAUUUUCAAUUUGAUUGUAGAUUCAAUGUUUAAGUUAAAGUUUAUUCUCAAAGAUAUAUGAUUUGUUUCAUUGUGUACAACAUUGAAUGCAGAAUAGUCCAUCUAAUUGUCAUAAUCUUAUAUUUCAUAAAUUGCACUGACAUGGAGCAGCCACAAAUUCAUCAACAACUGAUAAAAAAACAGAUGAAACAAACCUGACAGCUCUCUGUCAAACUAAGUCAACUGGCUGUUUGUGUGAUCAGAUUUGUAAAUUUGCAAAUAAGUUUCAGUUACUUUCUUUUCAUGUGUGACUUUUGGUACACUUCUGUCACGGUGGAUCAGCAAAUGUGUGAGGAGAGUUAUUUGUAAAUAAGUUAAGUCAGUGCAUUAGGCCUGAGCUCAGGCUCACAAACUCAGGCAUUCUCUCAGGCUGUACUUCCCACUAGAUGGCGUAGUACUCAGCAAUUUAGGUGCAAAAUUGGUAGCAGUGGUUGUGCUGAUACAAGGCCGACUCAGUUUUUACAGACUACAAUGAAUUUAUCAUGUGCUUGCAGUAAGUUUGUGCUAAUGGGGUUUUUUAGUGGCUGUCACAAGUAAUUCAUAUUGGAGCUGCAUUAACUGAAACAGUUAACUAAAAAACUGAGUGUCUCACAGGAUCUGAUCUCUAACUAGAAGCCAGAGAGAUGUGCUUUAAACUCACUGUUUAACCUUAACACAAUGUAUUCAAAAUCACUUUGAGCACAAAUGGCCGGCUGUAAAAUAUUGAAAUAUGGUUGCAGUGAAAAUGUCAAAUUACUUGCUUUGUUACAUCACAUUGUGAAACGUGAAUAAGCAGUUUAACUGUGUACAGAUCCCAGGAGCAGCCUGCACAGCACAGGCUGGACCCUUUAAUAUGCUAGAGGCAGCUCACUGGAAGGUCGGUGAUUCCUCUGUGACCUUCUCAUCUUGACCCUUUGAAACUUCUGCCCUGAUCCCAAACAUCCACAAACUAAAACCUGUUGUGAUGGACCGAGCAGUGAAAGAAACUUAGGGACAGGUUAAAGUCCAAAAAAAUUAUUUUUUAUUUAACCCAAAAAACAUAAUUGGUUAAAUCAUGCAAAAAGAAUCAAAAUCUUGGGCCCAUAAAAGAGGUCAAAAUAACAGAACUCUACUCAAAGUUAACAACACUACUGAUAACUCAAACAACCUGACCUAACUUAACGAGACAAAGGGGAAACUUAAAUAGUGGCUGAUCAGCCCACAAAAAACACAAGAAGGGGUAAAACACACAAAGCCUAACUAAACCAAACAUAAUGAACUCCAAUUCCCUCCCCCCCCCAUGGUCCCGAGUUAUGGAAUGAACCAAUUAGCAGUCUUCCAUCAAAGCUCGCUCCGCCCCUUUUCCACCUCUUGGCUCCUCAAUCAAGGGACUGGAGCAGCUGCAACUAAGGUAACUCAGAAAACAAAAGAUUAAUCAUACAUAACAGUGUAAACUAAAAUGUGCGCACUUAUUUUAGAAUGCAGUGUUAUGUGGAUAUGUGAAUUAACUCUAAACCGAAACCAGUUAUUUAUUGUCCUGUAAAUUAAUUCCUAUAUUUAAAGAAAGACAAAUGUGAAUGCAAUGUUACUUAUAAGCCUCUACACUAACAUGGUGGGUAUUACCACUGUGUGGCUGUAAGUGCAGCCAUCACACCUGUGCACAUUUUGCUUCUUUUACAGGAACGCAGUACUGACACAUUAAUAAAUAAUGUAAACACACUGACCACAAAAAGGGGGAAAAUUAAGUGAAGUAAGAGAAUUAAAAGGGGAAAAAACCACAUGAGACCAGCAUAUGGAUGAUAUUGUAUGAGCUGAUUAUGUUUAUUUAAUUAGUUGUAAGGAUUUACAUCCAUCACUGAGCAGAUGAGCAUCCUUUCCCUGGAUAAGCUGAAGGAAUCCAGGCAGAAGCCUGAAGAAAUCCUCAUUGAUCAGCUGUGUAACUGCUGCUGGGUGGCGUGUCCAUUCUGUGCAGCUGUUUGUACCAAGUACAGUUUGUAAAGGGAUGGCGGCAUAGACACACAGUGGAGCUCAGCGUCAUUUUCUGCACAACAAAUGUUCCAAGUGAUUGCACGUUUUGCCCUAAGUAUGAUUCAGAGGAAGCCAUUGCCUAUAAAUGGUACAAAAUUGCUGGUCCACCGUAUGAUACCUGGAGAAUCACCCCUGAUGGGUCUGAACUGGCAUAUUGGAAAUGGUUUGUUUGUCCAUUUAAAAUAGAACUGAAACACCACUAUGGGUUAAAAUGCCAGGGCAGUGGAGCGAUUCCAGUUCAUUGGAAAACAAUAUCUAAAUAAGAAGCCAUUAAAAGUCUGGACGAAAUGAUCAAAGAAACUCCAAAUGUCCUGAAAGAGUGAUAACUUGUUUUCACCUAAUAACACAUGAAUCCAGCUGUGACAGUCUGAUUUUGUCUAAGUGAGAAAAAGGGAAAUCUGUAAAUUAUUAACAUGAAGAAGAUGAUAUGAGUGACUUUAAGUCAACUCACAAAAAAUAAAAAGCCAAAGGGAAAAACAAAAGUCACAUUCCCACUCUCAAUUUUCUGGAUGAGUAAAUUUUUAACCUAAUUUUGUUUAUUGGGAUAUUGUUUGCCUUUUUAUAACAAACAUUUUCUUAAUCGAAUAGUCAACAAUGGGAGGAAACAAAAUGCAAAAAAACUGCUGUCAAACAAGUUAACCAUCUUGAUGUUGUAUAUGUACAUGGACCAAUCUUGCAUGAAAGACAUGCAUGUUAACCAAAAAAGGCCCAUUUUGAUUCAGGAAAAGUUAAUUUAAUAAUUCAUAAUUGUAAACACAUAAUUCUAAUGUUUGAGGUUUGCGGUAAAAUUCUCAGAAUUCAACUUGUUUUAUCUUCUUUUCUUCUAAAAUUUGUACAUUACAUUUGACCAUGUUAAAGAUCUUUCUUUACCUUGAAUCUGUUUCAUGCCCUGCUUUUAAGAUGCAUAUAUUUUUAAUCUGAUCAUUUUUAAGUUCUGAAAAUAUACAGUUUAUCACCUCCAUGUAGUUGUAUUCAAGUUUUCUAAUUGUAAUCCAUUUUCAGAGGAGAACACAAAUAAAUCCAUUAUAUUAGUGCAUCAACAUUCUUAUGUUUUCUUAAAAAUAAUUUAUUAGAUGUGUUUCAUUAAUUAUGCAACACUUUUCAAACAUUGCAUCUGAAACCACAAAAAACAAAAUUAUUGGUGUAAUUUUUUAAUUUGAUUUUAUUCAGUGUUUAUGUUAAAGAGUAUUCUUAUUAAUAUAUGAUUUGAGAUCUGUUUGACUGUCUUUG